AUGCCGAACCGCAGACUGCCGAAGCUCGAACCAGGGGUAGUGCCGGUCGAUGUCGAUGCGGUAACGCCGAAGGUGGAAGGAGCAGAAGGAAUGCGCACUGGCUCGCCAUCGGUAGCGUCGGGUGUGCCGAGGCGGUACGCCGCAUCCUCUUCGGAUCGGCUGCCGGCCAGGCUGACAGCAGCAUCGACCGCUGCUCUCGACGUCAAACCGCCACCUCCUGGCUCCAGCCCCGCCAUCACCAUCGACCUUGACGACGACGAAGACCUGGACGACGACCGGCCCUUGCACCGUCGCCGCCCCUCUCCAGACCAGAACUACGGCAACGACCACGACGAUAUUGUCCUGAUCAAGGCCGAGAACGCAGCUGCAGCGGCCAGGCUUGUGGGAGACGCCGACCGAUCAAACGACUCCAUGGUCAUCCCUGUCAAGCGCGACUCGCCCGGGCCCAUCACGCCGCGAGGCGGCCAAGGCCAUGUCAAGCGCCCUAGGGUGUCUGCAGAGGGGACGCUCUCGGACGCCGCCUCGUCUCGACACGGCCAGAGAGACCGAGACGAGGAUCCCGCCUCGUCCCAGGCAGCGCCCGGCUCGACCAGCAGCACCGGUCGGCCCACCAGCGACCUCAUCAAGAGGACGGAUCGGGACCUGGUCGAGCUGCUGAAGCAGACCAAGGCCAACCUGAAGAGGGUGCGGCUGGAGCUCGUCAGCCUGGUCGAGGACCCGAACGCGGCCGAUGAGGCGUACGUGAGGAUGCAGGAGAGCUUCCUCAACCAGAGGGUCAAGCAGAUUCAAGAGGAGCUGGAUGCCAGGGGCGUCGAUCCGUCCGGCCACUCAGCGACGCCGCUCCGAGCUGCCUCGCCGCCGCAGCAGGCUCCGUCUUCAGGGACCAGCACCGGCGCCUCGGCCAGCAACGUAUUUGUGCCCGCUGCCCGCUCGGGGGUAGACGCGGCUACCGGGCACGACGAGCUAUUUCGGCCUGGGUCGAUCAGCCGGGCCGAUCGUCCGCAGACCGACUCGCGACCGACCGACGGGGCAUCGGCUCGCUGCGACACGUUCGCGGCCCGACCUCAGGGCCAGGACGAUGGCUCCCGCCGACCGCGCUCGCCCACGCCCGACUUUGACGACGAUGCGAUCGAGUGGAACGAGGUGCCCGACGUGCCAAUCGCCGGACCCUCGCGGCCUGCGCCCAUGGUACCUGCGGCGCCCGUCCGGGCUGCCCCGCCGCCGCCGCCGCAGGACGACGCCAUCGACAUCGACGAGUUCUAUGGCGAUGGCGAUGACAUCGACUACGACGAUGCGCCCGCCGAGGUGCGGGCUCAGAUCCUCGGCCCGUCGAUGGACCAGCUGCCCAAGUCCAAGGAGACCCGAGACCAGCUCGUGUACCCGUGGUCGCAGGAGGUCGUGUACGCGCUGCGCGAGCUGUUCCAGUUGAAAAAUUUCCGCAAGCACCAGCUCGAGGCGAUCAACGCGGCGCUGAGCGGGCGGGACGUCUUCUGCCUAAUGCCGACCGGCGGAGGCAAGAGCCUCUGCUACCAGAUCCCCGCGGUCGUCACAAAGGGCAGGACGGACGGCGUCACGAUCGUCAUCUCGCCCCUGCUCUCGCUGAUCCACGACCAGGUGCAGUCGCUCGUCCAGAAGGACAUUCCUGCCGUCGCGCUGAGCGGCAAGAUGUCGGCCGGGGACCGUGCGGAUGUCUUCCGCGAGCUGACAAAGCGCGAGACGUCAAUCCGCCUGCUCUACCUCACGCCCGAAUUCGUCGGCAAGUCGUCGAAGGCUACCGAGAUCUUUGGCCUCCUCUACCGCACCAAACGCCUCGCCCGCUUCGUCGUCGACGAGGCGCACUGCGUCAGCCAGUGGGGCCACGACUUCCGGCCGGACUACAAAGACCUGGGCAGGCUGCGGCAAGAGUACCCCAAGAUCCCCUUCAUGGCGCUGACUGCGACGGCCAACAUCCGCGUGCGCGAGGACGUCACCAACCAGCUCCAGCUCGACAAGCCCGUCGCCCUUCAGCAGUCGUUCAACCGGCCCAACCUCGAGUACCACGUGCGCGACAAGCCGAGCACCAAGGCCAAGCACCUCGAUGCGAUCGCCGGCUUCAUCAAGACGUACCACGCCGGCAAGACGGGCAUCAUUUACUGCAACAGUCGCAAGUCGUGCGAGGAGGUGGCCCACGACCUGUCGGAAAAGCACGACAUCCGCGCCAAGCACUACCACGCCCACCUCUCGGACGCCGAUCGCACCAUGAUCCAGAACCAGUGGAAGACGGGCGAGUUUGAGGUGGUCGUCGCCACCGUGGCCUUUGGCAUGGGCAUCGACAAGCCCAAUGUGCGCUUCGUCAUCCACCACUCGAUGCCGCGCUCGGUCGAGGGCUUCUACCAGGAGACUGGCAGGGCGGGGCGCGACGGCAAGACGUCGGUCUGCGUGCUCUACUACACGUACAACGACUUCCGGCAGCUGCAGAACCAGAUCCAGGAGGACGACCUGCCGCGCGUUCAAAAGGACCAGCAGCUCGAGAACCUCAAGGAGGUGCUCAGCUACUGCGAGAACCGCACCGACUGCCGCAAGAUGCAGAUCCUGCGCUACUUUAACGAGACCUUCUCGCCCGCCAACUGCCACCGCAGCUGCGACGUCUGCAUCGAAAAGGACGGCAAGGUCGUCAAGCACGACUUUACCGAGCUGGCCAAGGUGGCCAUCAAGCUGGUCAAGGCCAUCCUCGCCACAAAGAAGCGCGUCACGCUCAUCUACUGCGCCGACGUCUUCCGCGGCGCGAGGACCCAGGCCACCCGGGAGCACCACGACCCCAAGGCCUACUUCUGGGGCACCGGCGCCCACCUCUCCAACGACCAGUGCCGUCGCCUCUUCCAGCGCCUACAGGCCCUCAACGCGCUCGAGGACGAGACCCGCAGCAUCGGCGGGUACACGCAGUUCUACCUCAAGCUGGGUCCGAGGGCCAAGGACGUGCUUAACGGCUCGCUCAAGGUCGAGCUCGAGAUCCGCCCAGAGAAGGCGGGCAAGGGCACCGCGGCAGCGGUAGCGACCACGACGGCGGCGACGAAACGGUCCACUGGCAGGCCUAUCGCCGCCACCAGGCCGGUGGCCGUCAGCGACUUUGAGUUUGCCGACGACGCCCACGACAUCAGCAACGUGCCCCUCAGCCCGGAUAAGGCGAGGGCGCCGCGCAACGCUGACAGGGCCAAGCGCGCGCCACUCAGCCGCAACGUCGUCAACACCCGCUCGGCCGUCGGCAGCGGCAGCGGCUCCGCCGACCGGACCAGGGAGGAGCGGGAUGUGUCGCAGCAGUGCUACGAGGCGCUGGCCAAGCUGCGCAGCGAGACGAUCGAGAAGCUCGGGUGCGCCGAGUCGGAAGUCUUCACCGACGAGCAGCUCCAAGUCCUCAGCGCUAUGCUGCCGCGCGACGACAUGACGCUGCGCGACGCCAUCGGCAUCACCGGGCCCAAGAGGUACGUGCGGUCCUCUGACUUCCUCGCCGUCUGCAUCGACUACCGGCAGAAGCAGGACCGCCUCGGCGGCAAGGCAGCCGCACCGCGAGCGGCAGCGGUCGGCGCGACGGCCAAGGGCGCCAUCGAUCUGUCGUCGUUCUCGUACAACGACCCCAGCCCGCCAAGGAGCAAGAGCGGCGCGUCGGGCCCCACGGCGGCGGCGGCGAGCAGGCGUGCGCCCCCAACCUCUUCGUCGUCUACGGCGCGGCCGGGUGCCGGGGCGUCCUCGCGGGCCUCGACUUCGAGAUCGGCAGCAGGUACCGCGGCGUCCGUUAUUCGCCCCAUGCCCAUCCUUCCGCGACGCUGA